AUGUUGCGUACUUCUCUUACUAAAGGGGCACGGCUAACUGGGACAAGAUUUGUUCAAACAAAGGCCCUUUCGAAGGCAACAUUGACAGAUCUGCCCGAAAGAUGGGAAAAUAUGCCAAACUUAGAACAGAAAGAGAUUGCAGAUAAUUUGACAGAACGUCAAAAGCUUCCAUGGAAAACUCUCAAUAACGAGGAAAUCAAAGCAGCUUGGUACAUAUCCUACGGCGAGUGGGGACCUAGAAGACCUGUACACGGAAAAGGCGAUGUUGCAUUUAUAACUAAAGGAGUAUUUUUAGGGUUAGGAAUCUCAUUUGGGCUCUUUGGUUUAGUGAGACUAUUAGCCAAUCCUGAAACUCCAAAGACUAUGAACAGGGAAUGGCAGUUGAAAUCAGACGAGUAUCUGAAGUCAAAAAAUGCCAAUCCUUGGGGAGGUUAUUCUCAAGUUCAAUCUAAAUAA